UUGAAAGGUAAAAAAAGAAAUGGGACUUAAAGGUUAUAGCGUCGGAGAAGGAGGAGGAGAGAUAGUUGAGGUUCAAGGCGGUCACAUAAUCCGAGCCACGGGACGCAAAGACCGUCAUAGCAAAGUCUUCACAUCAAAGGGUCCACGUGACCGGCGCGUGAGACUCUCAGCUCAUACUGCGAUUCAGUUCUACGAUGUGCAAGACCGGUUAGGGUAUGACCGGCCUAGCAAAGCCGUUGAUUGGCUCAUCAAGAAAGCCAAAACCGCCAUCGAUAAGCUCGAAAUCGGGGAGACUACUACUACUACUACUACUGCUCGUCAAGAACCGGUGAAUACUAAACCGGAAUCUCCCAAUUUGGUUUUCCAAAGAGAAAACAAUGACCAAACGCAGUUCGUGGCGGCCAAUCUUGAUCCUGAAGACGCAAUGAAAACGUUCUUCCCGGCGACGACAACAACAAGCGGCGGUGGUGUUGGUGGUACAUCCAUGAAUUUCCAAAACUACCCUCAUCAUGAUGACGACAACAUGGUCUCAAGAACAACAACACCGAACCUUAGCCAAGAUCUUGGUCUCUCUCUUCACCCAUUUCAAGGGAACAACAACACAGUAGUAGUCCCCGAGGCCAACAACUUCACCACGAAUCAUUUCGACACAUUCGGGAGAAUCUCUGGAUGGAAUCAUCCCGACUUAACGAUGACGUCAUCAUCCUCAUCAGAACAUCAACAACAAGAACAAGAAGAAAGGAGUAACGGUGGUUUCAUGGUGAAUCAUCAUCCUCAUCAUCAUCAUCAUCAUCAACCGUCGAUGAUGACAUUGCUUAAUAGUCAGCAGCAACAAGUGUUUCUUGGUGGCCAACAACAACAACAACAAAGGGGUACCCUUCAGUCCAGUUUAUUCCCUCAUUCGUUUCGUUCUUGGGAUCAUCAUCAAACGGUGUCGGAUCAUCAUCAUCAGAAUCAAGCUUCUUCGAUGUUUGCUUCAUCAUCACAGUUUGGUUCUCAUGGGAUGAUGAUGAUGCAAGGCCUUAGUUUCCCCAACACUACAAGGCUACUCCAUGGAGAAGAAUCUACUCAACCAAACUCUUCUUCUUCUCCUCCAAACUCACACCUCUAAACUCAGACAACAAUGGAGGUUCUAAUUCAUCAUGACAUUGAACAAAAAGGAGGAAUUAAUGUGAGGAAUGGAGCUAGAGUACGCGAUAUAUUAAUUAGUAUACCAUCUAUCCAUAUGUUUAUGAUGCAAGACUAUAAUUACUCUUUUGGUGUUAUUGUUAUUAUUAUUCAAUUUUGCUUGUUUGUUUUUAUGAUCUUUGCAUUGAUCAUCAAGAUUAUGCUAUUGAAACUAGAUGGUUCUAUGUAUGUUUUGGCUUUAGUAUGGCCUUAGGCUGGGAUAUUGUAAUCUCAUUUUUUGUUCCACGAGUUUAAUUUUCUGGUUUUUGGUUGCGGUUUCUAUUUAUUCGGUUAAGUAAAGAGUAAUAGAAGAA